AUGAGAUCUAUUACAUCCAGAACAGAAGAUCAUCUUCAUAAUGUUAUAUCACACAGAUCCGAGGUAAGAUCUAUUGACCCACAACACAAUGCUGGUGAUGUUGAAUUGUUAGCUCAAAUUGGGUAUAAGCAAGAAUUGAAUCGUCAUUACAGUACAUUUCAAGUUUUUGGUAUUGCUUUCUCCAUCAUGGGUUUGUUACCUAGUAUAUCUUCGGUAUUAUCAAUUGGGUUGGAAUCUGGUCCAGCUGGUUUGGUAUGGGGCUGGAUCCUGGCAUCCAUCUUUAUCCUUUGUGUUGGUACAAGUCUUGCAUUUCUUGGAAGUGCCAUCCCCACCUCUGGAGGGUUAUACUACUACACGAAUUAUUAUUGCCCUGAUGCGUUUAGAGUGCCAUUGAGUUUUAUGAUUGGCUGUUCCAACUCGUUGGGCUUAAUUGGUGGAUUGUGUAGUAUCAGUUAUGGUUUUGCCGUUCAAGUGUUAUCUGCUGUCUAUAUCCAGCAGGAUGGGGCAUUUGAGAUUACAAGGGCAAAAUGUUAUGGUAUUUUUGUUGCGUGUGUUGUGUCCAAUGCUAUUAUAUGUUGUUUAGCCACAAAACAAGCUGCGUUAUUACAGACAAUCUCCAUUAUUGUGAAUGUGUUUUUGGUGUUGUUAUUUUUAAUUGCAGUUCCGGUUGGUACAGGGCACGGGUUUAAUUCUGCUAGCUACAUUUUUGGUACGUUAAUCAACAACAGAGACUACGGUACUGCCUGGUCCUUUUUCUUGAGUUGGUUACCGGCUAUUUGGACUAUAGGUUCGUUUGAUUCAACAAUUCAUUGCAGUGAAGAAGCAAAAAAUGCCCAGAGAGCUAUACCUGUUGGUAUUAUUGGUUCUAUUAGCGCCUGUGGAAUUUUAGGCUGGGCAAUUUGUAUUGUUUGUGCUGCUUGCAUCAAAGACGGUGAUGUUUCUCGGGUUCUUCAGUCAGACACCGGUUCUGCCAUGGCGCAAAUUAUUUAUGAUGCACUUGGUAAGAAAUGGGCAGUUGCAUUUAUGUCGCUUAUUGCCGUAGGUCAGUAUUUGAUGUCUGUGUCAGAAAUGAUUGCAUUGUCGAGACAAAUUUGGUCAUUUGCUAGAGAUGAUGGUUUGCCGGUUGUUUAUAAUUUUGUUAAAUACGUUAAUCCCAAGAUUAAAGUGCCUAUCAGAGCUAGUAUUUUUGCAGGAGUGUUAUCGACCUUAGUUGGCUUAUUGGUGUUGAUUGGGGACGCAGGUUCAGGGGCACUUUUCAGUCUUGCAAUCGCUAGUUUACAGUUGUCGUGGGGACUUCCUGUGCUACUUGUCCUUUUGCCAUACGGUAGAAGGAAAUUCAUUAGUGGUCCAUUUCAUUUUGGUUUCAAAACAAAUACGGCAAUUAAUCUUGUUACUAUCUGUUGGUCAGUGUAUGCAAUUGUGUUAUCUAUGUUCCCAGACAGCAGAAAAGUAGAUAAAGCAUCCAUGAAUUACACAGUUGUAAUCAAUGUUGGUGUUUGGUUAUUAGCAUUGAUAUACUAUUUUGUUUGGGGAUACAGGUUCUACAGCGGUCCCAAAUCCAAUCUUGAUAAAGAUGACGAUGUUGUUUUUGGUACUGAACCAGAAGUUGUUGCAAUUGGCGAAGAAAAAAAGUAG